AUGAAUCUUUAUGACAUUCAUGCUUUACUUACUCAAAAUGAUAAAUAUUUGAUUAUUGCAUUGUUGAUUGGUUGUGCCGCAGCUCAUCGGGGGACUAGCGAAGUCCAUGUUUAUAAGAUGAUAUCAGCUCAUUUACCUUUUUUAUUACAACCAACAUUAGUUGAAUUCAAAAUCGAAUUAAGCAUUCAAUCAGCAGCCAUAGUUUCAUUGGGAUUGCUCUUUGCGGAAACAGCAAAUCACAAUAUUUCUAGCCAACUUUUAAAUCAAAUCUCUCUUGAAGUUCCGUGUGAGAGUGAUCAGGCUUUUGAGCGGUAUUCUUUUGUUUUAACUGCAGGCAUGGCUAUUGGAUUAAUUAAUUUAGGUAAAGGAAAGGAGAUUACUGAUACUGAAAUUCCAAUUUCAUCAACGCCUUCACUGAAAGAACGUCUCAUCAAGCUUCUCAAUGGUGGUGAACGUCGCUUGGCUUAUUUAAGUUAUGAUCGUGUUGAAUGUCCAGGAAUGCGUAUUGGAAAUUUUGCGAGUAGCGGUGGUGGAGGGUCUAAUUUAAUUUAUUCACUGAGGAGAUAUACUCCUGGAGGAAGUGCCAUGGAUGGUUUAGGUGCUGUUAAUGCUACGGGGAAUAAUGCCGGUGGUUCUUCAACAAACACCGCUACUGCUCAACAACAACAUCAAAAUUCAAGUUCCUCACGUGAUUAUUCUGGAAUAGGUCAGCCAAUGUCUAAUCAUGUGCGUGAAUUGCCAACAUUAAACAUACAUUUAACUUCUCCGGCGGCGGCAGUUGCUCUUGGUUUAAUGUAUUUAAGAACUAGAGAUGAAUGGAUAUACGAGGCACUUUCUGUCAAAGAUUCUUUCUAUGAAAUCGAUAAAAUUCGUCCUGACAUGCUUAUGAUUCGCACAUUUUGCCGUUGUCUAGUCAAAUUUGAUGAUAUUCAGGCAACAAAGCAAUGGACUGAAAAGCAGAUUCCUGAAAUUGUACGAAGAUAUUCGCAACAUUUUGUCGAGGCACAAACACUUAAGGAUAUUUGGUGGGAGGAGUUUAUUGAUGUUGAGACAAUAUCUAAAGUCCAUUUUUAUUGUACUGCUGGAGCUUUAUUGGCUUUAUCACUCCGAUUUGCUUCUAGUUGUCAGAAGGACGCUCUUUCUUUAAUUCAUCAAUUAUACGAGCGAAUUUCGUUAACCGACCAUAAUCGAAAGAAAGUAGAUGAACUCAGCUGGUCAGGAUUUGCCUUACGAGCGGGUCGAAAUUGUCUUCGAACAUGCACAAAUGUUUGUGCACUUGCCAUGGGAUUAUUAAUGGCGGGAAGUGGUGAUUUGCAAACUACGAGAAUUUUACGCAAAAUUAGAAAUAUUCUUCCAUCAUUUGAAGAUACAAAUAUAAAAAACAAAACUUCGGCAAAUUGUAUUCCUCCAAAAGAUAGUUCUGUUCAUAGUUUACAUGUUAGUACAAAUAUGGCUUUAGGAUUAUUAUAUUUUGGUUAUGGAAGAUAUCGUCUAUCAGAUUCUAAUUUGUCUAUAGCAGCACUCGUUCUUUCAUUAUUCCCUUUAUUUCCACAUUCAAUUACUGAUAAUCGUUUUUAUUUUCAACCUCUCCGAUUUUUAUGGAUUUUAGCUGCACAAAAGAAUUCCCAACCAAAAUGUUUAAGAAAAUUGAGUAAAAGAAGAAAAAUUAGAAGAAUACUAAUAAAUGAAGAAGAAAAAGAUUUUGAAGGUGAAGAUGAACAAGAAAUGAUAACUGUUGAAUGCCCAAGAUGUGGACGUAUUGAAAUAACAAAAAAUGAAAGAUUCUCCUCAUUGUGAUUUCUCAUUAUUUUCACUUUUUUAAGCCUUAUGUGAGCAUGUAUUAUUUUAGA